AUGGACACAUGGCCCCUGGAACCGGAGGAGAGCGACGAAACGGGUAUAGGGGCUGUGACAUAUUGUUCGCGAAUUAUUACGUAUGAGGAAGCCCUUUGCUACUUCAAGGAGAAAGACCUGAGCUCGUACAUGACCGCCAUCAGGCCUGUGAUCCAGCGCAGAGGUAUCAAACUGAUCUUACACUGCCUUUUCGGUCCGCCGCGCUUGAAAUUGGGGCUAGUGCCAGCCAGAGACUUCACAUUCGCCUUGGCCCAGUGUCCAUUCGAUAACGACAACACGCUGCAUUUGGAGAUUCUGCAGACAAUCUACAGGAAACUUACGCACACUGUAUACGACUGCCCGAGGUACGGUGGUCACUGGGAGAGAAUCGGAUUCCAAGGAAAUGACCCGGCCACCGAUUUGAGAGGCGUUGGUGUACUUGGUAUGCUACACCUUCUCUUCUUGACUACAGGCUUCGGGAAUAUAGAGCUGGUUAACGACAUUUACAGCCUGUCACGCGAUCGAGACCAGAACUUCCCAUUCGCUCUGAUGAGCUUAAACAUCACAAAGAUGUCCAUAGAGGCACUGAGGGAAGAGGUACUGAACAGGUGCUGCAACGAAAGAAAUGACGUCACGGAUGUUGUGAACGAGUUUUACGCUGGCACAUUUUUGCUGCUCUAUCUGUCUUGGAAGAACAAAAAGCUGACAAUCAAGGAUUCCGGAUUCGUUUUGAAAGAUACCUCGUUUUUCGCAAAGAAGAAGCCCGGAUUCGUGCUUCAAACUUUAAGGGAGUACCAGGAAGAGAGGAGUUCCUUGACAACUUCGCAGGUGUUCACAAACUUGGCGGUAAUCGGAGCUCAAUGAGGCUACUACACAAUGCCUUCACCUCAAUCCGCGCUUGCCAUACGUGAAAAAUUAAACCUGUGCGUGGG